UGGGAUUGUAAACAGAUGAAAGAGAAAUAAAGCAAAUGAAGAGGAAAGAGGAGGAAAAGAAAGCAAAAGAGCUGAUAAAGUUCCUGGCUGCAAUACAGGAGACAUAUCAUUACCAUAUGAUCUAAUGUGGGUGUCAGCCUGGAUUGUGUUCAUUGAGAGAAACAUUUUUUAACUGUGCUAUGGAAUAGAAGCAGGAGGGUUUUCCACCAAGUGACAGUCACUGAGCUGAAUUUACCCCCUCCUCCUUUCCACACCUGCAAAGCCUUCUGCCUGGGUUGAAUAUUUAGUUUAAUUACAUCUCAGCUUUGAGAGCUCCUGUUGCAAAUCCCUGGAUUAAAAGGUCCUACUGGGCGUCCAUGAACUGAGCCAUGAGGAGGCUGGCUCUGCUCCUUGUGCUCCUGCUGCCAGCAUGCUUGGCCAAGCCGUUCCACCAGCAGGGCCUCUUUGACUUUAUGCUGGAGGACGAGGGCUCGGCCGACAUGGCUCCAACGGAUGAUCCCGUCAUAUCCGGCUUCGGGCCCGUCUGUCCCUUCCGCUGCCAGUGCCACCUCCGCGUGGUGCAGUGCUCCGACCUCGGUCUGGAAAAGGUGCCAAAAGACCUUCCCCCAGACACAACACUGUUGGACUUACAGAACAACAAAAUCACUGAAAUUAAAGAAGGAGAUUUCAAGAACCUGAAGAAUCUUCAUGCAUUGAUCCUUGUCAACAACAAAAUCAGCAAAAUAAGCCCAUUAGCUUUUGCUCCUCUGAAGAAACUGGAAAGACUUUACCUGUCCAAGAACAACCUGAAGGAGCUCCCAGAAAACAUGCCAAAGUCUCUCCAGGAGAUCCGGGCUCAUGAGAAUGAGAUCUCCAAGUUGAGGAAAGCUGUCUUUAACGGACUGAAUCAAGUGAUUGUCUUAGGUAUGAGCAUGAGAAAUUAUGACAAACACAACUGAGUGUUUUUUCAAGAU